AUGUCAAAUGUGAUGAAGCGGGCCCCCCCUUGUAAGCGCUGUGAGACCCGAGGUGAAGCCUGCGAUUAUGCAGGUGUCCCCGCUCGUUUACAAAGGCCAGUCCAUGAGACGCCUGAAGGUCGAAUAACAGAAGCAAUACCUGAUGGCCACACAACCUGCCUAUCAUUCCCUACCAAUAAUCGCCACCUAGAUCUUCAGCUCAUGCAUCGGUGGACUACUAGUACCUAUAAAAGCUGCUGUACCCCCGGCACUGGUGACGAGACACUCUGGCAGCUCACAGUGCCUGCUCUAGCAUUCCAAUAUGACUUUCUUUUGAAUGGAUUGCUGGCCCUGUCGGCAUUUGAUAGUGCCAGUAUACUCAAGAACGAUGGUCAGCAAAAUUCCAACUACGACAAGUAUAUAAAUUCAGCAAUUGAAUACCAAGUUCUCGCGUUAGCGAAUUUCCGAGCCCAACUCGAUUCUCCUUGCGAGGACCAGAGAGCUGCAACGUUUUUUUCGCUGAUGCUGAUGGUUCUUACGUUUGCAGCGGUACGAUUUGGACAAAAUUCAUGUGCUAGAGAGGAAAGCAUAGUGAACACGGCGAUCGCUCACUUUGAGCUCGUUCGCGGCGCUGUUCAGGUUGCAGGGAGUGAUGGGAAACAGAUAAGCCAGAAUGAAUACGUGCAAAAGCUGACGCCAUUUGAAGCCCUUCCUUUCGCAGCUCUUGAUCCAUCGACCGCGGAGAUCAUGGCCAAGCUUAUGGAACUGAAUGAUAGAAGGAUCGUGGAGGCUGUCCGGGAGAUACAAGAGCGGCAAGCUCAGCAGAUCGCUUUCUGGGAGGCUUGCAAGAAGGCUUUACAUUUACUGCAAGAGUGCUUUCAGAAAUGUGUCGGCCCUGUGUAUCGUGGUUAUGCGCUUGGGUGGCUGAACAUGGCUGGUGAAGGAUACAUUCAAGCUUUGAAAAUGAAAGAUCAUAUUUCGUUGCUCAUCUUAAUGGCUUGGGGUAUUCUUGUUGAGAGACUUGGGCAAGAUGUAUGGUGGGCCCAAGAAUUCGGCGUCUCGUUGGUGGACGAGCUCUCAAAUGAAGAUCUCUCUACUGCCACAGAUCCAUUAACACGGAAUACAAUCCUACGGAUCCAGGAAUUGAUUUCGCCAAUAGUCCAUGGUCGUGAGAAAAAAUAG